AUGUUUGGGCGUGAAGCCCAAUCUCCUGUGCUGUCACCUCGCCCACCCCUUGGCUUCACAAUCCGUCCUGCGCCUCCUUCGACUUGCCCGAUUGGAACUGACCCGAUGAUUUACCUUAUUGAUCAUCACUUAAGCGCCGUUCCCCGGCAUGAGUCAUUGGAAGAUAUGACGACCUGGGUGGACGCGACGCGAAGUAGAAGGGCGUUAGCUCUGCGACCAAGGCGUUCACUAGGUCAGGGCAGUAGGCUAUUUGCAAUGCCAACCGGCUGUAGUCCAAUAGAUUCUGUCUUUCGGCUCACCCUGCCCCCCAACCUACACGACACGUCAACGUUUGUUCAAUGCCGCCGCGCUUACGAGCUACACUUUUUCGCAAUGCUUUUGGUUGUCGCUCUCAUCUUCUUCUCCCUCGCUCCUCUUACACACCGUCCAAGUGAACCGGUUUUUCGAGGGGCGUCGAUUGAAGCUUUUUCCGAACCCAUCUGUCUAUACACCCCCGCCAGCCUAGGGCCUGGUGGGCUGAGCCACUGCGUGACCACUGACCGAGCUUUUCUCCUUCCGGCACUUCCUCCGGACUGUUCGAUAUAA